GGGGAGAGGGGUUUUUUCGAGCAAGGAUUUUUUUAUUGGCAUAGUUUACAGUGUAAUGCAUUGUUUUUCAGUCACAGAAAUUAGAGACUGAGGCAGUAUAAUGAUCCGAAGGCUGUUAGCCAGAUUUAGAGGAGUGAUUUUUGGUUUAUUUUUUGGCUUUGGACUCGCCGUGCUUUUUGUGACAUGGAGAGAUGAUGCUUUCUACAUCAAAGAAAAGCUGAUUAUCGAGGACUACGGGGGAGAUAGCGGGGUUGAUUCUGCACCGUUGCUGACACAAGCUGAAAACAGCGAACCAAAGGAUCUACUUCGCACUGGACCAAGAGAAAACGAAAGAACAACUACAGAUGAUGAUGGCACAGAUUCACAGAACGACUUGUACAAAGCUUAUGGUCACGUACACAGUAUCUUGUUUUUUAUUGGAUAUCCGCGUAGUCGUCACAGUCUUCUUGGCUCCUUAUUGGAUGCACAUCCACACAUGGUGGUUUCCGAUGAGGCAAUGGCUUUUCCAAGAUGGAUAGGAGGUCUCCAAACGUGGCUAAAUGGUUCGAUAUACGCUUUUUAUGAUACGUUAUUUGGAGCUUCGCAGAGCGCAGUUGCCCACGGUAGACGCUCGCGUGUAUUUGAAGGAAGAGUAGUGAAUGUGACUUCUCCAUAUUCGUACUAUGUACCAAAUCAAUGGCAAGGCCAGUAUGAUCAGUAUAUCAAGGUGAUCGGAGACAAGUCAGGUGCGUUUACGGCGGGAGCAAUGAGGAAAGACAAAGCCGUGGAUGCAGUUCGACUCCUAGAGAAAGCCGCCGGCGCAAAGGUGAAGUUUGUUCAUGUUGUGCGAAAUCCAUUCGACAAUAUUGCAACCAUGGUUCUGCAAGAUGCUAGAGUCAAAAAAAGGGAAGUGGGAAAACAUGAAACGAAGGUUAAAGCUUCUUAUAUAUUGGACGAGAGUAUAAGUCGUUAUUUCGGCUGGGCAGGAGGUUGUAACAAGGCCAGGCAAGCGUUUCCAGGCAGUGUUAUCGACAUUCCAAGUCUAGAAAUUGUCAAGAACCCUGCCGACACUCUGAGAAAAAUCUGCAAAUUCCUUAUCAUCUCUUGCUCAGAGCGUUAUAUACAGGACUGCGCAGCCACUGUAGAUCCAGUCCCAUCGAUGACACGUGACUUAAUAGAGUGGACCACUGAACAAAAGAACCGCGUUUACGAAGAAAUGAAAAAAUACUCCUUUUUUGACGGCUACUCAUACGAUCAAUAGGACAUAAUCAUAAAGAAUUAUUGUAUAUUAAUCUAUUAUCUUUAUCAGAAUUAUCAUGUAUUAUCAUAUCGUUACCAUUAUAACGAAAACUUAUGAGAUUGUAAAAGAUUGUUUCUCAUUUUAAAUUCCUCUUCUCCGAUUCCCAGUUCCUGAUUCCAUUCGCAGCCCUGUCCGAAAUUGUAUAUUUUUGACAGCGAGGUCACGCAACUUCCCCCAACCCUUAAAAAAAAUUGGAAUUUUCCGAGA